AUGACAGCCACCUCCGACGUCACAUCAUCAACCUUUUCAUAUGACGGCGAAGGAGUUGCUGACACAUUCAGCCUCACCGAGCUGAGAGGCGUUGUCAACUCCCACUUCAACGCAAAAUGCACCAUCGAGAAAUUAGCACAAGGAGGCUACCACAAGGUCUACAAUAUUUCCAAGGACGACGGAACCUCUGUUGGAAUCGUCCACGUUGCGGCUCCUGCAUUCCCAAGAGAUAAGUUGGAGUCAGAGGUCGCAACCCUCAAAUACUUGGCUACGCACACGAACAUCCCGGUUCCCAGAGUUUUCGCAUGGGAUUCGGACGCAGCUAAUCCAGUCGGUGUGGAAUACAUGAUCAUGGAAAAGCUUCCAGGAAUUUCUGCUAGCAACGUAUGGGACAACCUUCCGAUAAAAGUGAAGGAACGCGUAGUUUUUGAAGUCGCCGAACAUCUCAUGGCCAUGUUUGCCCUUCGUUUCGAAACCGCGGGCUCCCUCUAUAUUUCCUCGGAGGAAAUUGUCGUUGGUCCUAUCGUUAGUGGGCCAUUUUACCGCGCCCUUGACGGUGUCCGGCGCUUGCCCCCGGGCUUUUCACCCGACGCUACAUACCGUGGCCCCUUCUCAACUACCACAGUAUCUCCAGAGCUCCGUCCACGCGGAGCUGCAAUUUAUCUCUCAGCACCGCUCUAUUGCACUACAAGAAUUUAA